ACCAUGGAAUCCCUCUCUGAUGUCUCCUUGUUCCUCAUCGUCCUGCUCACCCUCCUCUUCCUCAUCUCCUUGUGGGAACAACAAAAGAGAUCCCGCCUCCUGCCCCCUGGACCCACCCCAAUUCCAUUGCUGGGCACCCCCAGUUAUAUAACCAUGGAUAGCGCCUGCAAGUACCCCCAGCUUCAGAAGAAAUAUGGCGACUUGUUCACCAUCUGGCUGCUGGGCGACCCGGUUGUUGUGCUUUGUGGGUACGACGUGGUGAGAGACGCUCUGAUCAACCACGCGGAGGAGUUCAGCGGGCGCCCCGUUCAGCCAUUGGCCGAUAAACACUCGCAAGGAUACAAUUUUGAAAGUUCCAACACCCAUUGGCGUCACUUCCGGAGAUUCACAUUGACAACACUGAGGAACAUUGGGUUGGGGAAGAAGCCCCUCGAGGAGAGAUGUUUGAUGGAGGCCAAGCAGCUGGUUGAGGCCGUGUCGGAAAUGGAGGGGAGGCCGUUCAACCCAAUCCACCUCCUGGGCUGCGCCGUGUUCAACUUCAUCAGUUCCAUUCUGUUCGGGCAGCAGUGGGGCUACAGCGACAAGAACCUCCAGGAAUGUAUCAGGCACACGCGGGAACACGUGGACAAUGUGCUAAACAAACCCUCCCAGGUCUGUGCCAUGUUCCCGCUGUUCCUGAAGGUUCCGUUCCUGUGGAAGGUUCUCUGUAGGGGAACCCUGCGCUUACACUCGUUUGUCACGGAGCAGAUUGAGUUCCACAAGGAGACUCUCGAUGCCAACGCGCCAAGGGAUUUUGUCGACUUCUUCCUCCUGAAGAUAAAAGAGGAGGAGGGCCUCCCAGACUCCAUUUACUGUGACACGAGUCUCCUGAUGAACCUCACCGGCCUGAUGGUGGCAGCGACUGACAGCACCUCCUGCACAUUAAAGUACUGCGUCGCCAUGUUGGCUCAGUAUCCGGAUAUUCAGGUGAAGGUGCAGCGAGAGUUGGAUCAUGUGACUGGGUGCCAGCGCCCCCCGGGGCUCAGCGACCGGCCCAACUUGCCCUACACCAACGCUGUGAUUCAUGAACUGCAGCGCCACCUGGAUAUUGCGCCAAUCGCUUUCUAUCACGCACUCACCAGAGACACUCGGUUCCGGGGGUACACCCUCCCCAAGGGCACCCGGAUCAUCCCGUACCUCUCCUCGGUGCUGUUCGACCCGACCCAGUGGGAGACCCCCGAUGAGUUCAACCCGGGGCAUUUUCUGGAUGAGAAGGGGCAGUUCCGGACAAAGCCGGCUUUCAUGGCAUUUUCUGCAGGGAGGCGGGAGUGCCUGGGGGUGAGUCUGGCUCGGAUGGAGAUAUUUAUCCUUCUCUCGUCGCUGCUCCAGAAAUUCACCUUCUCUCGUGUCUCAGGGAAGAAACUGGAGCUGAAAUGCCCCAAAAAAGUCAAAAUGGAUUUUAUUAUAUCGUCUGAGAUCCGCGCUGUGCCCCGCCCCUCUGUGACUGACCGGCCAGUAAAUCAGUAGCCAGCCCUCCCCCUCAGUAGCCAGCCCUCCCCCUCAGUAGCCAGCCCUCCCCCUCAGUAGCCAGCCCUCCCCCUCAGUAGCCAGCCCUCCCCCUCAGUAGCCAGCCCUCCCCCUCAGUAGCCAUCC